AUGGCACCCUCUUCGUCAACUUCAUCUAAGGUAAGUAUAAAGCUUUUGAUUGAUAAAAAAGCCAAGAAAGUUCUAUUUGCGGAAGCCAACAAAGAAUUUGUGGAUUUCCUGUUCCACAUCUUUUCUCUCCCUGUUGGUACUGUCAUCAGGCUUUUGAAAAAGAAUUCAAUGGUGGGUUCAUUGGGAAACCUCUACGACAGCAUCGAAAACUUGAACGAUACUUAUAUGCAGCCAAAUCGAAACAAAGACAGUAUUUUGAACCCCAAGAUUGCCAACUAUGGGGAUCCUGUUCCAUUAUUGCUAUCUAAUGAUGAUGAUGAUGCUCCCGUGGCUAAGACGUUUUACAAUUGUAUUAAUCAUCAUUCAUAUGUAGCCGAAGAUCCUACUGCUGUGUGUCCUCAGUGCAAUGGUCGUAUGAAUGCUGUCGUCUCCUUUGUGGCUGGUGCUGGUGCAGCGAAGUUGACGGCAGAGGGUGGUGGUUUUGUGAAGGGAGUGGUUACUUACAUGGUUAUGGAUGAUCUGGUGGUGAAKCCUAUGUCCACCAUAUCUAGCAUCACCAUGCUCAACAAGUUCAAUGUGAAAGAAGUUGGUGGUCUUGAGGAAAAGGUGGUUUCUUUGGAAAUGAAAGAGGGUCUGAUGUUGCUGAGGGCGUCCAUGCAGUGCAAGAAUGUGCUWACCACUGUGUUUCUUGCUUAA